AUGAAGCUUUUGCCCCUUCACUACCUGUUUACUUUUCUGUUCAUCGUGUUUCUAGUCUUCUACCAGAUGAACCCUGCAUUUAGAUACUUCUGCAAGAAGACCUUCUAUAAGUUGUGGCUCUUUACCAUGAGCGCUCUGGUUAUUAUAAUCAGUAUUCCUCGUGGACGCAACAUGGAAAAUGCAAAGUUUUUGCGCAUGUCACUCCUGCCACUCAAAUACAUCUUCGGUCUCAAGAUAGUGGUGAAGGGCAAGGAGAUCCUCAGGACUAAGAAACCUUUCGUCCUCGUGAUGAAUCACCAGACCUCCCUUGACGUUAUGGUGAUAAUGGAGAUAUUACAAGGUCGCUGUGUGCCUAUUGCAAAGAAGGAAAUUCUAUACAUGGGCACUUUUGGCCCGGCAUGCUGGCUUUCAGGAUACAUUUUCAUUGACCGCAAGAAGAGGGAAGAGUCCAUUGCUACGUUGACAGAAGUGGCACAUUCUCUGCACAAAGAAAAUUUCAGCGUCUUGAUCUUCCCUGAAGGAACUCGCAAUCAUGGCGGCUCCAUGUUGCCCUUUAAAUAUGGAGCCUUCCAUCUGGCAGUGAAAGCUCAGGUCCCCAUUAUCCCGGCAGUGAUCUCUUCCUACAGCAAUUUCUACAGCCAGAAGGAGAAGAGAUUUACAACAGGCAAACUCAUCAUCCAGAUCCUGCCAGAAGUGGAGACUCUUGGCCUGGGCCCAGAUGAUGUUCCCAAGCUCACCACGCAGGUUCGUGAUUCCAUGCUCACCACCUAUCAAGAGAUCUCAGGACUGGUGAACGGGGCUUCCCAUUAG